UCUGCCCUCCCCAGCUAGCCGCCCACAACUCCAAGCCUCGACAUGGCGACAGCUCGUGGCACUAUGAAAGGCCCUCGCCGCCCGCCUCUUUCUGCCUCUGGUUCUGCAGUGACAAGUCGAUUUCUCUCGCUGCCUUACUCCGCCUCAGUCCAUCUCCCACCGGCACCAUGAAGUACUCUCUCGUCGCCUCUCUGAUUGCUCAGAGCACCGUUGUGCUUGGGGAGCUCAUUCCCAUGCACUUCCGUGCCCCGACCCCCGACCACUUCCAGGACAUCGUCCGCAACGAUACCUUCGACUUCGGAUGUCACGCCGCUGCCGUGCCUACCAACGAGGGCCACUUCAAGCUCAAUGCCCUCCUCACUGAGGCUCAGAUCGACUUCGUCACCGCCGAAUACGCCUCCUCCGGCAUCACCGUCCACCGGUCUCUGACCAAGCGACAGGAUGCCAGGGCUGCUCCCAUUGGCACUGGUGACCGCUUCGCUGCGGGCACCAAGAUUCCCGUCGGCCUGGGAACCCAGAGCUCGACUGCCACCAUUGGCACCAUCAUGAACAUCGGCGAGAUCAAGUCGGCUGUUCAGGCUCUUGUCAAGACCUAUGGUCUCGGCUACCAGGAGCUACCCAACAAGACCUUUGAGGGCGCCACCCAGUACAUCUUCUACGCCGGCGCUGGUACCGACAAGUCCAAGUACCACAUCUACUUCAGCGCGGGUAUUCACGCCAGAGAGCGUGGAGGACCGGAUAACAUUGUGUACUGGAUGGCGGAUCUUCUUGCCGCCGACAAGGCUGGCACUGGCCUCACCUACGGCAGGAAGAGCUACACCAACGCUCAGGUGAAGAGCGUCCUCCAGGCCGGCAUUGUCGUCUUUCCCGCCGUGAACCCCGACGGUAUUGCCUACGACCAGCAGACCGGCUCGCUCUGGCGCAAGAACCGCAACACCAGGGCCGGCACUGGCCGCAAUACUGGUGUUGAUCUGAACCGCAACUUCGACUUCCUGUGGGACUUCAAGAAGCACUUCGACCCCUCUACCUCCCCCGCCUCUACCACCCCCAGCUCCGAGACCUACUCUGGAUCCGGACCUGCCUCCGAGCCCGAGGUCAAGAACCACGUCUCCGUGUACAGCUCCUUCCCCAAGAUCCGUUGGUUCGUCGAUAUCCACUCUGCUGUCGGCGAUGUGUUGUACAGCUGGGGCGACGACGAGAACCAGUCCACGACCCCCACCCAGAACUUCCUCAACUCGGCCUUUGACGGCAAACGUGGCCGCAUCGGUGACAGCACCUACAAGGAGUACAUUCCCGCGCAGGACUUGACCAACGCCAGGGGCGCCGCAGCCGCCAUGGUCAACGGUCUCAAGGCUCCCGGUGGCCGCAGCUACGGAUACCAACAAGCCGUUGGCCUGUACGCCACGUCUGGUGCCACCGACGAUUACGCCUUCAGCCGAUUCUGGCAAGUCCCCAAUGCCAACAAGGUGUACGGAUACACGCUCGAGUUCGCACCCACCGGCAACUUCUACCCCGCCAACGUCAACGAGUUCAACCAGAACAUCCUCGACACGAAUGCUGGAUUCAUGGACUUUGCGUUGGAGGCCAUCAGGAUCGGUCUUGAGUAG